ACCAAUCUUCAACCACGUGACGUACCCCGUCUUGACCAAUAGUUAUUCUAGAAGAGGCGGGCCGAUCCCCGACACCGGCAGUGUAUGCUCAUUGAGCCCUGUCUCCUUGAUACCGAAGCUGUUACACUUUUUGGAUGAGGUCUGACAGUUCAUGUUUCCGGUUUUAGGGUAGAAACGAGGAGAAUAACCUGAAAUGAAGUCUAUAUGCGCAGUGAAAGGAGAACAAAUAGAAGUGCAUGCUGCCUUCAUCUUUCAGCAGUAGAGGGAGGACAUUUAAGCAUGCUAUAUAUUUAGUUUUUUUUUUCCUUACUCGCUACCGAUUGCUUGACUAAGAUGGCAGGAAGCCCUGACCGUACACAAGAUGAAGGGGGCCUCAGGGAUCAAAUGGUUCGUUUCCACAGCUACUUGCACGGAGGAACCUCCAGUUUGAUAUCCACCUUAAUUGUCUUCCCGGUCUACAAAACUGUUUUCCGUCAACAAAUCCACAACACAUCGGUUCACCGGGCAGUGGGACAGCUCCUCAAAGAGGGAGCUGCAAAGCUCUACAGGGGCGUGGCCCCGCCAUUACUGAUGAGGACCCUGAAUGGCACGCUGCUCUUUGGCCUCCAGGACACCCUCCUCCACCAGCUCUCCCUGUCAUCCCAACAAGUCAUCUUCUCCUCUGCCCUACCUGCUCUGGCUGGUUUUGGUGCAGGUUUGGUAGAAGCUGUGGUUUUUACCCCCUUUGAGCGCGUCCAGAAUGUGUUGCAAAACGGCCAAAAUGACCGCCAUGUACCGACGCUGAAGAGUGUUCUUGACAGGCUGAAGGCAAAGAGGCUGGCCUUGGGGUACUACAGAGCCUUUCUGCCCAUCACAGUCCGCAAUGCAUUAGGCAGCUCCCUAUACUUUGGCUUGAAGGGCCCGUUGUGUGCUGCCGUGGAGGCACAGGGGCUUUCUCCAGGGGUUUCCUCCUUCAUCUCAGGGACGCUGACCUCCAUGGCCAUCAGCUUGACUCUUUACCCUCUCUCUGUGCUGGUGGCAAACAUGCAGGCACAGGUGGGAGGGGAGGUGAAAGGGAUCAUGGCUUGUUGGAGGAUGUUGUGGGAAUCUCGGCAGCAGAGUGUGGCUUUGCUGUACAGAGGAGGCUCACUGGUUAUUUUGAGAUCAUGCAUUACAUGGGGAAUCGCCACUGCUAUCUAUAAUAGGCACCAGAAACGUUCAGACUUAAGAAAUGCCAAUAAACAAUAGGUUUUAUUUGUUUUUUUAAUUUGUUUACAUUAAAUGUUUGAUUGGGUCUACCACCUGUCUGUAACCUCUAAGUAUACCUGUGAAAUGUAAUGGUACAUUAUUUUCUAUUGAGCUUGCAUAUGAUACAAGACUCAGUUCCUGCCACAAACAAGCACUUGUACCCGAGCACGCUCUCGCUCUUGCUACUCACCCCUCCCUUCUGCACUCCAUGUCUGAUUCUGCAAUUAUCUAGGAAGUGCACUAGAACGGCCUCUCGCUUUGACAUCUCACUGUUGUUUGCAUCUCACACAUUUGACCCCAUGUCUACUUUCAAGUUAUUGUAUGAGCAAUUGAUGUGUUUUCAGGAAUUAAGAACUCCCACCUUUGCUCUACUUGUGUUUUAAAUGGUUCUUGUUUGUGCAGACUGCCUCUGUACAAUUAGUGAGCCUUUGUUGCAGCAAAUAAUCAAGCCAACAAAAACAAGUUAUGUUAGCUCAGUAUUUCUUAUUUCAGUUUAAAAAGACUUAAUGAACGACGAUAAGAUGGAUAAUACAAACAUGUCCACCACAUAAAUCAACAGGGGAUAACAUAAUCAUAAUAAUAAUGAUGAUAAUAAUAAUAAUUGCAGAAUGCAGACUUUUCUCUCUCAAAGUGCAUUUAUAAAUGACUCGUAUUCAUCAUGCAUUUAAAACGUUUAUGUGACACUAGACUUGAAGUUUUUGUUCAAAUGUAAGAGAUUUUUGUCAAACCAUGUCAUGUCACCGGCU